AUGUGAAGGUGCAGGUGCAGGUGCACCUGCAGCAGAAGUGCUGCUCUUAAAAUGGUUUGCUUGGGCACCCUCUCUAAAUUGGUGCUCGUUGAUGCAUAGCCAAGUGCUGUGCAAUGCUGUUGUAGUCUGGGUAUCGUUCCGGCCCCCAGGUUCGGCGUCUUUGCCAAGAGUUAAAGAAAACGAAAACAUAGACAGCAACAGCAGCAGCAGCAGCGGAGACUGAAACAAUGCUCAAAGCCACAAGGAAACCGUCGACGGAUAUAUACAAGUCGAAACUAAAAGUUAAUGCCAGCAAUAACAACAGCGUCAAACCGCCGCUGCCCAUCGAGCUGUCGGAGGAGGGAAAUGGCAGUGGCAGCGGCAGCGGCAGCAGCCCCACCACUCCGCAGAAGCUCAGCCUGAAGGGCAGCCAGCUGGGUGGAAGCAUUUUGAUUGGCAAUUACAACUACUUGACCCAACUGGAGGUGUGCGAAAAUGAAAUGGAGGUCUUGGACCUCAGCUCGCUGGCCCAACUGGAGACGCUCAAGUGCAGCCGGAACAAGCUAAUGGAGCUGAUCGUAAAUGCCACCAAUCUGCAGGCACUUUUGGCCGACCACAACUGCCUUCACAACAUCUCCACAACCAACACACAUCCUGUGCCGCUGAAGCUCCAACGCAUUGACAUCUCGCACAAUAAUUUUAACGAGCUGCCCAAUUGGAUAGGCGCCUGUGCAGCGUUGUCGACACUGGAUGCAUCGCACAAUAGAUUGACCAACAUAGCGGGACUGCUUCGCAACUAUCGAAUCAAUCAACUGCUUGCUCUGAAUUUGUCCUACAAUGAAUUGCAGCAGCUUGAGUAUUUGCCCGAGGGAUUUGGCAGCCUCCAAAAGCUCCAUUUGCAAAGCAACGAGCUGCAGUGUCUGCCGGAGAACUUCUUUGCCGUCACCUAUUCCCGUUUGGACACGUUGAACGCCGCCUGCAACAAGCUAUCGACUCUGCCGCGGUACGAACAGAAUAAUCAUGCGGCCUUGGUGCACCUGUUUCUGGCUGGGAAUCAGCUCAACGACAGCAUCUUUGAGGCACUGCACAACGCAGCACGGCUGAAGGUGCUCCAUCUCGCCUACAAUCGUAUUGGAAUUCUGCCACCGGCAUGCGUACGCAAUUGGUCGGAGCUGGAGAUUCUGGUGCUGUCGGGCAACAUGCUGCAACAGCUGCCCGAGGAGGUGGCCACGCUGGACCACUUGAAGGUGCUGCGUUGCUGCAACAAUCUCUUGCUUUGCACACCGCAACUGGCCAAGUUGGGCAAACUGAAAGUCCUCGAUCUGUCACACAAUCAUCUGGAUCGCGUCAAUCUGCUGUCACUCGUUCCCUCCCGGAAUCUCAAGUACUUGGAUCUGUCGGGGAAUUUGCAGCUGCAGGUGGAUGAGCAACAGUUCAAGGUAUGCCAGACACAGAGUCAGCGUAACUGGAGCCUAAUCGAUGUGUCUGGCAAUAACCGAGCUGCUCUGCCCACCAGUACGUUGCGGCUGGCGACGCCGCAGCGAAAUCAAAACAAGAAUUCGCCCUGGACAAUGGGAUUUGCAGAGACGCCCGGAUCCGGAGAUUGCCGCAAGCUGCUGGUUUGCCAGUUGCGAGCGGCCAACUAUGGUGGCUCAGAUGAGGCACUGUACGGAAUGUUUGAGGCGGCAGAUGGCAAUGGACGCGUGGCACAGGAGAUGGCUCAGCUGGUGCCGGAUCUAAUGAAGCAGGAGCAGCUGGUCAAGGAUGCCCCUCUCAGAGAUUACAUGAAGUUCACGUUGCUGACGGCCCAGCAGCAGUGCGGAAGUGUGCGGAGUGCCGCCUUGUUCCAUCUAACCCGGACGCGGGCACCCUCAAAGGUGAGGCCUUUGAAGAGCAAGCGCUAUGUGUUGCGUAUGGCUAGCACGGGGCGGCUGGAUGCCUAUCUGGUGCGUCGCACCACACAGUUGCGCCUGACAGACACGGAAUCAAGCGCCAAAGAUCUGGGACCAACGCUUGCUAUGCCUGACCCACAAGUUCUAGAGCUAACACUGAGCAAUGAUGAUGAGUACCUUGUUGUGGGCAACGCCCAGCUCUGGUCGGUCAUGGAUGUUGGUCGCGCCGCUCGAGAGAUUCGCAAGGAGGAAAACGCUUUGCUGGCAGCCAAGCGGCUAGUGGACAUUGCCCAGAGUUUCGGCGCAUCGGAGAACCUCAGCGUGAUUGUGGUGCGCUUCCGUCAUCUGGGAACGGACGUGGAUCACCUCAUUCGAGAGCUUAAGCAGAGUGUUCGCAAAAAGCCGCCCCUGGUGCAGCCGCCCACUGUAUCCGUGUGCAAGCGUACCUGCUGCGAUCGCAGCAAUGCCUGUCGCCAUCGGGCGAUCGAGCAGGAUCCGCUGGCCGGACGCUCCUCGCCGAGCGGUCAGAGUGAUCGUGACCUUCUGUCCAAGGACGCCCCAAGCGUUGUGCCCAACGAUGAGUUCAUACUGGCGCAUGCACGCGUGAUGCAGGAGGAGCAGCAGCUGGAAAUGCUCGACGAAACGGAGUCUGUGCUGUCGGAGGAGCAGUUCAAGUGCUGGGAGUACAUGCUCGAGCAGAACACGCAGCUGCUGUUUGACAAGGAGCUCAACACCAUUUCCAAGUCGUUCACCAAGCAGCGAGCCAUCCCGACCACGAAUCAAGCCCUGCCGGAACGCAACGAUUUCACCACCAAUCUAGUGCGGAGCGUGGCCAAUAAGUUCAUCUCCACGAGCACACCCCAGCUGCCGCAACCACUGGCAUCCACACCCACGCCGAUUGGCUCCUACCAUCAUAUUAAGCCGCCGAUGCCCGGCCACUUUGGCAGCACGCUCUCGUUUCAGCAGGCCCAGAGCUGUGGCUAUAAUCUGUUUGAUGCAAAACCCCGCAAGAUGGUUGCAGCCGUCCCCGUGAAGCGUGGACCCCACUCAGCUUACUUUGGAUCCCUGCAGCGUUUGAUGCCCUACAAUUUUGAAUAUGAUUUCGCCGUCACUCACGAGCGGGAGCGUAACAUAUUGGACGAGGAGGAGAUCGAUGAGGAAGAGUUCAAUGAGCACGAGAGUCGUAUGCGCAAGUAUUGGGGUGUGGCAACAACUGAACUUUAGCGGU